AUGGUCAACGUCCAGCUACACUGCCCGUCCACCAAGAAGACCGUCGAAGACUUCUUCGUCACACCAUUCCAGACUCUCGAGCAAGUUCUACCAAGUGUACGACUUGCCCUCGACAUCAAGUAUGCCGCGAUAUAUACCACAGAGGCCAAGCGCAUCACGGAACCGAGUACUCUCCAAGAAAACCAGCGAGUGCUGGUAGCAGCUAGUGCGAAAGAGGUCAUGUUGCCUGAUGCACCGUCCGAAUGGGUUCUAUAUGACGGCGAGGAAGGCGACGAUGUUGACAUGAGCGUCGAGUGCUACGGCCUGGAGUGGGUAGAGCUAUGUGAUCACGACAAGUGCCUACAUAUCACCAGCUUGAACAAGCAGAAACCGAAGAGUCGCAACAAGAUGCGGAUCACGCGCGAAUACAAGCCUGUUGAGGCCGACAUCGAAGCCUUGAAUUCUACGACUUCAACUUCUGCACGUGUUGCCGAAGACGAGGGUCACAUCGAGAAGUGCUGGGGCAUCACCGUCGAGCACUUCUUGCCUACAUCCAUGAAGCCUGUCGCCGCCAAGUCUAGUUCGAAGUCGUGCGAUCCUUCCACACUGGCUGUCCUUAGUAUCCUCGCAGGCUUCACUCAGGGCCAAUCUCGUCUCGCCCUAGAGAUCCUCGAAGAAGCGGUCGCUCUUCGCACUGGAGAGGAUCAGGGAGAGGACAAGGAUCCCGCUUUGCAGAAAGGCGAUGUCUUGAACGCCAUCACCCUCAUCUAUGAGCGGGCUGAGGUCAUUGAGGCUAGGCUCAUCAAGGGUAAGGGUGCGAAAGGAAAGGGAAAGGGGAAGAGGAGGCCUUCGAAGGGCACUCCGAAGAAGCUUGGCGCUAUGUCGAGUUGA